AUGCCUCUAGAUACAAUAUAUCUCACUCGCCAUGGCCACCGUCUAAACUGGACCAUCGACCAUAAAACCGGGACAUACAUUUCCCACUUCCCAACACCCACGGGGAAUCCGGCAGAUCCCACUCUAACUUCUCAUGGAGUCCGUCAAUCCCUGGAGCUCGCAGCCCACGUAUCCAGUCCUUCAUUCCACCCAAAGCCUUUUCGCGUCUACUCCAGUCCCUUCUACCGAUGUCUCCAGACAAUCCAGCCCACUGUGGAAGCGUUGAAGGAGAAACAGCAGAAUCUUGCGAGUGGAGAUAUUGAAGUCGACGCAGAUUUCGACGUUCGAAUUGAGAAUGGAAUUGGAGAAUGGUUCGGCCCAACUACAUUCUUCCAUCACCCAUCACCAUCCACCUCAUCCGUCCUGCAGACCCAUUUCCCAGGCAUCUUUGCUUCGGAACACACAUACACAUACACAUACACUCCGCACAUUAUCCCGUCCACACGGGGCGAGACCAUCGCCCAACUACACGAUCGUCUAGCCGCCACCCUCGCUGCAAUCAUCGCAGACGUGGAUAUCGAGAUCGCCGCCGCAGAAGCUUCCCUCCCUCCGGGGGCCCAGCGCACCAGCAAAGCCAUUUUGAUCUGCUCUCAUGCCGCGCCGCUGAUUGCCAUCGGACGUGCUUUGACGGGACGGAUGCCUGCCGAUAGUGGCGAAGAGGAUUUUAAUGUGUUUACGGCGGGGUUGAGUACGUUUACACGGAGGACAUUGCCGACAACAGCUUCGACAGCGGCGGUGGAGGGGGAAGGGUUAGGUUCUGUACGAGGUGAUCCGCUUUCGUUGCUGGCCCCCGGAACGCAAGUUGCUCGACCGGAUACGACGGUGCCGGAUUGGCAGGGUGGGAAAGGAGUCGGGGGUGGAUGGGACUGUGUUUCGAAUGGGGAUUGUAGCUUUUUGAGGGACGGUGCUGAGAGGGGAUGGCACUUCAAUGGUGAAGAGUCAUUUGAUACAGGUCCUAUGGCGCCGUCGUCGGCGUUGCCUACCUCGAGUCAGGAUACGUUGGUCGAGCGUUCGGGAUUUACGAAACUAUAA